ACCUUACUUCUAGCGUAUAAUUUAUCCUUAGAGAAUGGGGAUCAGAAGGAGUGAGUAGGCUUCUAUAACACAGUAGUGGUUCCCGCGAGGGAAACUCGGAUCAAACAACGCGCCUCUUUCCGCUUUUUGGUUUUUGGAAGAGAAUAGAAGGCAAGGGAAUUCAUUUGAACCUCUUUCCUUUUAUUUUUGUUUCCUUUUCUGGCUGUUUUUCCUGUGAAAGAAAAGAAAUUAGAGUGAUGGAGGCCGCCAUGGGAUUGAUGAGAAGAAUACACCCUAAGCAAUCGGAGACCGCUCUCUCCGCUCUUCUUAGCCUCCUACCUCAUCACUCCUCAGAUCUCCUCUCCCAAGUCGAUCAGCCGCUCCAGGUCUUAUGCGAUGUGGAUUGUGGAAAGGAGUUCAUAUUGUGUGAAUACAAUAGAGAUGCUGACUCUUACAGGUCACCUUGGUCAAAUAAAUAUCAUCCACCGCUGGAAGAUGCACCUUAUCCAUCUUCAGAGUUGAGGAAACUUGAAAUUGAAGCAAAUGAAGUCUUUGCCAUCUAUCGUGACCAGUAUUAUGAAGGUGGCAUCUCAUCUGUUUACUUGUGGGAAGAUGAUGAUAGUGAAGGUUUUGUAGCAUGCUUUUUGAUAAAGAAAGAUGGCUCAAAGACAGGACAGGGCAGAAGGGGUUACCUGCAGGAGGGAGCGUGGGAUGCUAUUCAUGUUAUUGAGGUGGGGCCAGAAGACGAAGGAACAGCCCAUUAUUGUUUGACCAGUACUGUUAUGCUGUCUUUGACUACAAAUGAUGAGUCAUCUGGUACAUUCAGUCUCUCAGGGUCUAUUAGACGACAGAUGAACAUGGAUCUCGCAAUUGCAGAUGGUCAUCUGUGUAACAUGGGAAGGAUGAUAGAAGAAAUGGAGGGUAAGCUUAGGAACUCGCUUGAUCAGGUUUAUUUUGGGAAGACAAAAGAGAUGGUUUGUACUUUACGACCCCCAGCUGAAGUAGUGAUGAGAUUGCCAAACAGCUGAUCAUAUGAUGACGGCAAUAGAAGAUGCAUUCAGUUUGUCUCGGAAAUUUGUGUAACAAGUGUGAUUGCUGGAGGAUAUCUUUAGAUUUUCUCGUCUCUUUACCUUUUACCCUUGACUUGAGAUCAAUGUAUGUUAACAGCUUGUCUAUUUCAUUGUAAACUGAGGUAGCUCCUUUUGCACAGGAAAGUGAUUUUGUGCUUUCGCCAAGACAUCAUUUGAGCCAGUUUCAAUGAUUUCUGCAAUGUAAUUCUGAAAUGACCAUCUGUACUGUUCCUUUGUUUUCCUGCUGAGACAUUAUUGUGAAACAAUUACCAGUUUUCUUUGUUUCUUUAAAGAAAGGACAAUUUCUCUA